UCUGCCUCGACCACAGCCACCCUCAGCCACACACGUGCACCUCACGCGCAGCAGCGUGCACAGCUCUCUGCGUGCGCAUACGCCAUGGCCUCGCUGCGCGCCACACUCCGGCACCGGCCGCCACUGCGUCUUGCGCCGCCACCUGCCCGCAGCGCGCCAGCGGGCAGCAGCCGGCGUCUUGCGCAUCGCGAUGCCGCCUCGAGCAGCGUCAGCUCUGCCGAUGCAGCGCGUGAUGAUGGCGCCGCCGUCGAGCAGCCGCUCACCGGCGCCGCCAAGCUACUGGCCGAUGCGAUCCUCGAGGAGGCCGCCGAAGAGCGCGCCGAGGCACUCAAGGAGGCCGCUCGGCGCGGGCUCGAUCAAGGGCCAGUGUGGACGGGCGACGAGCGCGUGCAGGAUGCCGUGCUGCGCAUGCUCGUCGACAAGCACAAGCCGCUGCGCGUCAAGCCGAGCGGCACGGCGCACCCUGCAGAUGCCAAGCUCGCCACGGUGCAGCAGCCGACGGCGGCAGUGCCCAGCGUGGCGUCGGGCAGUGGGAGCGGCAUGAGUGCCUUGCUCGACUCGCUGCCGCCGCCGGGCGAAGACGGCCGGCGUCUGCCCGCUACGCCAGCCAAUCGGCCUUGGCUGGCAGAGUACGUGAACCCGGCGUACAUCGGCCGUGUCCAAGGCGACGACAGCAGUGGCAAGAUCUACCGAGGUCGCCAUCUGGCUGCUGGCGCGCUGGCGGGCUCGCGCAGCAAGAAGCUAGACGCGUCUUCCGUGCCGUGGGACGAUCCGCGGGCUAUGCGGCGUCUGCGAGACUCGACGAAGAGAGCGGAGCAGACGGGCAGGAUGGUGCGUGCGCGCGUCGGGGCGCUUGACUACCGACUGGGACUGCGGCAGCCGCGCGACAAUCGCUCGGAGAAGGAGAAGCAGGAGGAGCUGGUGUAUGCCGGCGGCGGCACGGGCUACAGCUCACUCGCCAACGAGCGCAUUCAAGAAGCAAUGCGCAGCGGCGCGUUCCGCAACAACAGUCUGCGAGGCAGCAAACUACAGACUCUUGACGAGGAGAGCAAUCCGUACCUCAGUCGCGAGGAGCGCCUGAUGAAUCGCCUCGUCAAGCGACAAGGCGCUGCGCCUCCAUUCGUCGAGCUCAACUCGGAGCUGGAGGCGGCGCACACUGGCUUCAGAGCCAAGCUGAUCGACGCUUGGGUGCGGCGUGCAAGCCGCAUGCUUCUCGCCGACACGUCGCUCAACCAUCUCUCGGCGCCCGGCAUCGACGAUGUCGCGCUCGAAGCCGCACUUCAAGAGCUGGCUCGCACGCAUCGAGACGUCGAGUGGGAGCGAGCCGAACGUGCGUUCCACGAGGUCUCCGUCAAGGAGGUCAACAAUGCCGUGCGCAAGUACAACGGCAUCGCGCCGUUCCAUGCGAGGAGAGCACUCAUCACCGUCGAAGCGGAGCUGCAACGUGCUCUGACGAAUGCGGCGCCAGCCCUGGUG